AGCUUCGGGUGGUGAGGAUGGACCGAGCCCCAAGCUCUAGCCCAAGUGGCACCAGUCAAACAUCACAACCUACCCAACAUGAACCCAUCAGCUUCGGCAUUGACCAGAUUCUCAGCGGCACCGAUCAAGAGCCACAGCAGAACUCGACCAGGAAUAACUCCGAGAGCAGCAGCAGCAGCGGCAGCGCGAGCGGAGGCAGUUACCAUCUCGGCAGCCCAACAGGAGCGAGCGCAACGCCGUACACACUAACCGGCACUUUUCACGGCAUCGCGGCUCCAUAUGAGGAGUCCAGUCCAUACGGAGUGAACUUGACCCUUGCACACGGAGGAGUGAUUAGGGUCCCGGCUCACAGGCCCCUGGCCGCGGCCGUGCCUCCACCCAUGGCCAGCGCGGUGCCCGGUCUUGGGAGCCUCAGUUUUCCCUGGAUGGAGAGCAGCCAGCGCUUCGCAAAAGACAGGUUUGCAGCAGCCCUGACGCCUUUCACUGUGGCUCGGCGUAUUGGUCACCCGUACCAGAACCGCCUUUGCUUAAUUUGUUAUUCCCCCCGUACGUCUUUCUCCCGAGUGCAGAUCUGUGAGCUGGAGAAGCGCUUCCACAGACAAAAAUACCUGGCCAGCGCUGAACGAGCAACUAUGGCUAAAACUCUGAAAAUGACAGACGCCCAGGUCAAAACCUGGUUUCAAAACCGCAGGACCAAGUGGAGGUGA